AAAACCACCAUCCUCUCGAAUCAGUUCCUUCAUAACCAUCUCGCGGUUACCCCUUGUGUCUUGCCUCGCAUUCGGACGACAGCAAGAUAAUCUUGCUUUCUAAUUGCCUUUAUACAUCCGAUCGAUUCGUUUCCGAUAAAAAUAUUGGGAGGAAGAAAGUAACGCGCGAUUAAAAAGGAAAAAAAGGUGGCGAAAAAAGAGAAAUAAGAUUGUUACUGACAGAAAGACUUAUCGGAUAAUGGCCUACAGCUGGAACAAUCGAGUAGAUUUCAUUGUAAGAUUUCUUUACGAUCCUUGUGGGACUUCCUCCUUUCAGCAUCAUCACAGGAAAAGUACAUAAAAUAUGUAUCGACCAUUGAUCCCUGUUCGAAGUGAACUUACACAGAUAACAAUGGCAUAUUGGAGAAACACGAUUUCGAAUGCAUGGCUCUUAAGAUGACUUUGAUCGAGGGAAAAGGAGAAUUCAGUUACGGCCGUUAUCAGGAAAAUCUGCACAUUAUGCUUUCUUUGUGGGAAGAAAUUGCAGAGCUCGCCGACUUCAAUAAAGAUGGUAUUGUAACUAUCGAGGAGUUCAAAGAAGCAGUACAAAGAAGUUGUGUCGGACGAGAGUAUCAAGAUUUCCCACAAGCGAUGAAAAUGUUUAUCGACAGUCAUUUUAAAAUAGUAGAUUUAAAUGACGACGGUGUAAUCGCUGCCGAUGAAUUUCGCUAUAAUUGCGUAACAAGGAUUCCUGUAGACAACGUAAAUAUUUUGGACGAAGCCUACCAAAAUCUUCUUAAUGAUGAUGACCGAAGGCGCGGAGGACUAACUUUAUCGCGUUAUCAAGAAUUGUACGCGCAAUUCCUUGGCAACCCGGACGAAAAUUGUCCAGCAGUUCAUCUGUUUGGUCCCCUGCAUGCGAUGGAUUAACUAAUAAAUACAUAUGUUUCGGAAUGAAUGACGAUUCUCACAUUGCACGUACAAAAGACAAUCCUGUUGUAUUUAAUUAUUAUUAUUAAUUUAUGUAAGAUGUAUGAUACACAAUAAAUCCACUAUUUUAUUGUAAAA